AUGAAUCUUCGAUCUUGGACAUCCAACUGCCGUGAAUUCUUAAAUUCGAUCCCGGAGAUCGAUCAGUCAGACCUGGAAGUACAGAAGUGUCUCGGUCUGCAAUGGAAUGUUGUAUCCGACACGUUCAACGUCAGCCCGAUCUCUCUAACCAAGGAAGAUAUCAACACCAAGAGAUCUGUUCUCCAGGUUCUCGCAAGCUUCUAUGAUCCGCUUGGUUUUCACGCACCCGUUAUUGUCCGAGCCAAGUGUCUCAUUCAAGCCAUCUGGAAAGAAGGUUUUGACUGGGACGAUCCACUUCCGGAGUCCUAUCUUACACUUUGGAAAGAGAUCGCAGAAGACCUGAAUGCUGCAUGCACUAUCAAAGUGCCACGUCACAUUGAUUUAAUUGAUGACUCGGGGUCCACAGAACUUCAUGUCUUCUGUGACGCUUCGCAGAAAGCAUAUGCCACGUGUGCGUACGUACGCCAUACAAGUGCAAGCCAAACGGUAUCGCAUCUGAUCAUGUGUAAGACGAGAGUUGCUCCUAUCAAAGGCAAAACAAUACCAAGACUGGAGCUGAUGGCUGCUAACAUCGGGACUCGCCUGAUUCGUUUCAUCAGGGUACAACUCCCAAUCAAGUUUGCUCAUACUUGUCUAUGGACCGACUCAACAUGUGUCCUAGGUUGGGUACCAUCUCCUGUCAAGAAGCAGCCUUUGUUCGUUGAAAAUCGCCUUGCAGAAAUCCCUUCAGAACCAGAUGUUGUCUUCCGGCACAUUCGGUCUGAGGAGAACCCAGCAGGCCUGCCAUCACGCGGCAGCUCGGCAUCGACAUCUGGCCACGAGCUCUGGUGGCAUGGUCCCGCUAGGCUUCUGAAGCCGAACAACAUCUCCGCAGAGCCUUCUGUUCUGGUUCACGGGGAGGGUCCUGCGGAUGAAAGCCACCCACCGUCAACACCAGCUGGUAUUGACCCCACGCAAUAUUCAUCGUUUGCAAAGCUCUUGCGAGUAACAGCAUAUGUCCAGCGUUUUAUCAGAUGUGCUCGUACUAAAUCUCCUAUACCUGCUCCACUCACCGUAGCGGAGAUCGAGCGAGCCAAAGUCGAAUGGCUGAGGUACACGCAGCACAACACCUUCUAA